AUGACCGACGGGAAAAGCCUGGUAGCCGAUAAUACCCCUGUAUAUGAAGAAAACUCUUUAGAAGAUGUUAAAGAAAUACUAAGUAAUAUUACCUUACCUCCUGCUCCUGGUGUAGUGGGCCCAAACUCCAAAAGUGAUGAGUCCAAUGACAGUGGUCAUCCAUGGGUCAUGGUGCAACGAAAGCAUCGCCAUGAGGGUAACAAACCUGCAAUAGUAAGAAAUGACAGUGAGACAUCUCACCAUUUGACUGAGGCACAACAAACCAUCAUUCACAAGGCAAAACGUCGCCUGACAGAUGAUGAGCGUGAACAAAGGGCUGCCAAGUCAGCCACCGAGGCUGAAGGAACUGACCUGGGUGACACUAGUACCGAAAGGGCCCCACCUAGGAGCAUCGAGAUCUCCAAGGAAGAGAUUGAGUGCCUUGUGCAGGAACGAGCCAUAGAGGCCGUAAGGGCCACAGAAGCACAAAUGGAGAGGAAAUAUGAAAAUAAGAUCCACGAGCUAAAUAGAAAGCUCAACAAAGAGCUGACUAAGGAAAAAGCACCUACUGGUGAUAGUACAGCUUCUGCAGCUCGCCCCAAGCAGGUUAAACUCAUUGUUGAACCAACGGAGAAGUACUUGACUCAGAUGAGAGGAUGUAGUAAUACCCCUCACACCAUGCAGCUGGUACAUCAAGUAAUGGCUGAAAGCUACAUCAGGCAGGCAUUAGGUCGAGUGUCCUCGAGAAAACCCGACAAAAGAACUCACCAGGCAUUAGGUCCACCUGACAAUGACCUGAGCAUAUAUCAGCAGGUCAUGUGGCCCUGUCAGUACAUACUGCCUUGGAUUAAGAUCUGGGUCAAGCUUACACUGAGACUUCCAAGAUAA